AUGGGUGCUGGAUAUGUAAUGAGUUAUUCAAUUGGUACCCCUCCAUUUCAACUUUACAGUCUUAUUGAUACAGGAAAUGAUAACAUUUGGUUUCAAUAUCUUGGUGUCGACACUCUUACUUUGAACUCUAACAAUGGCACUCCUAUCUCAUUCAAAAAUAUUGUGAUUGGAUGUGGGCAUAGAAAUCAGGGGCCAUUAGAGGGGUAUGUCUCAGGAAAUAUUGGCCUUGCACGCGGGCCUUUGUCUUUUAUAUCCCAAUUGAAUUCUUCAAUUGGUGGAAAAUUUUCUUAUUGUCUAGUUCCAUUAUUUUCGAAGGAAAACGUUUCAAGCAAAUUACAUUUUGGAGAUAAAUCAACGGUUUCUGGACUUGGAACUGUUUCAACUCCCAUAAAAGAGGAAAAUGGUUACUUUGUAAGUUUGGAAGCAUUUAGUGUGGGAGAUCACAUUAUAAAACUGGAGAACUCUGAUAACCGUGGAAAUUCCAUCAUUGAUUCAGGAACAACGAUGACUAUUUUACCAAAGGACGUUUAUUCUAGGUUAGAAUCUGUAGUGUUGGAUAUGGUUAAGUUAAAGCGUGUUAAGGAUCCCAGUCAACAGUUCAAUCUUUGCUAUCAAACGACAUCAACAACAUUACUGACGAAGGUUCUAAUAAUCACUGCACAUUUUAGUGGGUCGGAGGUCCAUUUGAAUGCUCUAAACACCUUUUAUCCAAUUACUGACGAAGUUAUCUGCUUUGCUUUUGUUUCUGGUGGAAAUUUUUCUAGUCUUGCGAUAUUUGGUAAUGUAGUGCAACAAAACUUUUUAGUUGGAUUUGACCUAAAUAAAAAGACUAUAUCCUUUAAACCCACGGAUUGUACCAAACAUUGA